CGUCAGGAAGAAGAUAAACAAAACAAACCAGAGAGGAAGACAGCGUGGAUUAUGAAGAUAUGACAUUAAGUUCUCAUAAAGACGACUAAAAUCGAAUCACGGAACCUUUUUUGACAACUGUAAGGGCAAAUUGAAGAGAACGGUCACCAGAGGAGGACACUGCGGCCAUACUUGACUGCACGACUGGGGCCUCCACAUUGCAGAAAGACUCUUUUGUUUUAUUGGGAUAAUCAAUUUUUUUGCCAGAGAUAGACAAACGAACAAGGCAACUGGGGCAGGAGAGGUGGCUGAGAAGUUUCCGCCACAGAACUGGAGAUCUGUGCUUGGCAAUGCCUCAGCCCAGCAUCAGUGGAAUGGAUCCUCCCUUUGGGGAUGCCUUUCAAAACUACACUUUUGCUGACCAGGCGCUGACCAGUACGGACCUGUUGGCCAACAGCUCUGACCCAGACUUCAUGUACGAACUGGACAGAGAUAUGACCUGUCGCCAGAGCCCUAGAGGAGACGUGUUCACAGUCGGGGACUGCAAAGAGUUUGACAGCAUGGAACAUCUUCCUGAGCUGCUAGAUAACGAUCCAGCCUACAGCUCCAACUUUGAACAGUGGGACACAUAUUGGGAGGACCUGACCAAAUACACCCGCCUCACCAGCUGCGACAUCUGGGGCACCAAGGAGGUGGACUUUCUCGGCCUGGACGACUUUUCCAGUCCUUAUCAGGACGAGGAAGUGAUAGGCCGGACGCCCACCUUGGCCCAGCUGAACAGUGAGGACUCUCAGCCUGUGUGCGACACACUGUACCAUCCAGACCUGUUGGCAGGUCAGAAGCAGCCGGUGUUUCCCCCACCGUCCGCGGGCAAGAAGAUGGGCAGGAUGACCGCCUCCACCGCGUGCACCUCUUCUAGUCGCAAUCCCCUGCCCGACUUCGCCGAAGGCUCCCAGAAGGCCACUUGGCCGGUGCCGUCGAGCACCGAGACCAUGGCCAAGUCCCAGAUGCAAGGGCCUAGCAAGUCUUCGUCCCCGCAACACGACAGCACCGAUUAUGUGCGCAAGGCCAAGGUUCGCCUUAGCAUGUCACGCAAGCCUGUGGUGGAGAGCUGCGCCCCACAAGGGAACGCAUUUGCCAGCUCUCCGCUCAUCCAUGAACACGAGCCAGCUGCCUCACUGGUCAGCAGUGGCCAGGCAGUCGCCAUCAGCACGGCAUCCUCGGUAACAGCCCUGAUUAGCGAGAAGGGAGCAGAGAUCCCAAAGCGAGAGUCCCCAGCUGGCCCUGUUCCAGAGGUUGGGCCCUCGAGGACCUUGUCCCAGAAACUGCAUGUCCCCAUUGCUGGCAGCACCGAGACCUUGCUUGCCGUGAGCGCCCUCGGAGCUGAUGCUGCUGCAGUCGCUGCUGAAAAGAAGAAGGAGGAGGAGCACAACUACUCGCUGUUCCUGACCAGGGCCAGGCUAGCCGGCAAGGCCAUCAACGACACGGAGGAGGAGGAGGAGGAGGAGGAGGAGGAGGAGGAGGAGGGGGACGGAGACGGAGACGGAGACGGGGACGAAGAGGAGGAAGAGGAGGAGGAGGCCGAAGGGGUGGAGCUGGACGACGAAGACCGUGAUGAGGGGUUCGGCAGCGAGCACGAGCUCUCGGAGAAUGAGGAGGAAGAGGAGGAAGAGGAUGAGGAUUAUGAGGGAGACAAAGACGACGACAUCAGUGAUGCAUUCUCCGAGCCAGGCUGUGAGGCAGACAUGGUAGAGGACGUCAAAGGAUUGACGGCUGGGAUUUCCAGGAAAAGAGGGAAGCGUCGGUACUUCUGGGAAUACAGCGAGCAGCUCACGCCUUCCAAGCAGGAGCGCAUGCUCAAGCCUUCUGAGUGGGACAGAGACACACUCCCCAGCAACAUGUACCAGAAGAACGGUCUGCAUCAUGGAAAAUACACACUGAAGAAGUCUCGGCGGACGGACGUGGAGGACCUCACCCCCAACCCGCGGAAGCUCCUUCAGAUCGGGAAUGAACUGCGGAAGCUGAACAAGGUGAUCAGUGACCUGACGCCUGUCAGCGAGCUGCCCCUGACCGCCCGCCCCCGCUCCCGAAAGGAGAAGAACAAGCUGGCGUCCAGGGCCUGCAGACUGAAGAAGAAAGCGCAGUACGAAGCCAACAAGGUCAAGCUCUGGGGUCUCGGCACCGAAUACGAUCGACUGCUGUUUGUGAUCAACACAAUCAAGGAGGAAAUUGUAAACAGAGUUCAAGAUAACUCGGAAAAUAAUGGAACUAGCAUGGCAGACAAGCUCGACAAGCUCAUAGAGGAAACACUUGUCACCGGUGGCCGGCCAGACGUCAGACUUUGUGAACCAGAUCCUGGAGAACACUGGCAAAGGGGAUCCCACGGGAGGCCUGGUGGGCCUGCGAGUGCCCACGUCCAAAGUGUAGAGGUGCCCGGCAGUGGCCCCUCCCCCCUGGGGGGUGGGGCUCCAGAGCCCGCCCACAGCCAGGCACACCACCCCUGUCCCACACUGUAAUGGCCCGGCACUCUGCAUGCCCAUCUCACCCCGGAGGCGCCUCAUCUUGCCUAAUGUGAAUACAUGCAUACGAGCG